CCAAAGGUCCACCCAAAUCUAUUAGCCAAACAUUUGCCUAAAAUACAGGAAGUUGGUUAUUGUCUCAUAAAACAUGGUGGAUGAGUAAAAGAGAGUUGACGCCACAUAUUAGAUCUAUAUAUAAGUAUCCCCUAUUCCUCUUAUAGUUCCCAAAUCUCAGUUAGUUUGGGGGAAAAAAAUCCUACUCCAUUAAUAGAUUUUUGAGGGAGAAAAUGGUUGAAUCUACGACUAUGGCGACGAAGCUAGAAGAACAAUUAGUGAAUAUGGAGGAAGAGAAAGGUGAUGAGAAACCAAGAGAAUUGUUUUUCGCAGAGCUGAAUCUUGUACUUAUUCUCUCAUUUCUUUCAUUAUCAUCUGAAGAACGUAAUUUUGAGAAAUUGGAGAUUGACAAUGACAAAGAUCACCAAGAAGACAACAUUGUUUCUAAAGUAAAUUUCAGAAAACGAGGAAUGAAUAAUUACAGGACUACUGAACCACAAGUGCCUAGGUUCCAGACCAAGAUUAGGGACUGCGGACACUGCAGAAGAAUGUGAGGAAUCAACACCCUUGGGGCAUAGCAAGAAAGAAACUCCCACAAAGGUCUUUUCACUCCUUUUCAUUUAUGGAUAGAUGUUAAUGGAGAGACAAAGAGACAGAGAAAGAAGAUGGAGAAAACCGAAAGACAGGCAUUUGUAUUGCAAACAUCUCUGUUCAAGUUUAAAAAAGCAAUGCUACAUUUCUACUUAAUACUUCAAUACCUUGUUACAUCAUUUUAUAGAGCAUUUUAACAAAUCAGCAUAGCAAAAACUACUUGAUAUAGAACUUGUAGCCUCAUAUAACCACAAGUCCACAACUAAACAAUGUAUUUCCAAAUAUAAUUAUGUAGCUAGUUUACUCUUCAAUUUGUCAACAUAGA